AUGAUCCUUAUCGCAUCAUACGAUAAGUUACGCCGACUUCCACGCAACAAUCAUCCUUUAAGCAUCACUUUAUAUAAUCUCUGCUCAUUUUACAGUAAUCCACAACAAUGGGGCAGUAUAGGUGGCCUGCAGCAACAAGGAACAACGACGUCACCGGUCCUGAUACGAAAGCCUCGUGGGUGGUCCCGAUCGUCACAAUUACGAACCACUUUACAACAGUGGUUCAAUUAA